ACUUCCUCUGUGAGACAGGGGUGUGUGUGUGUGCUUCCUAAAGCAGAGACCAGAAUUGCACAGUUAUUAUCUCCUACGCAGACAGACAAUCUUCUGAAAAGUUUGGAGUCUCCUUCCAUUCUUCUUUCAUCUUUGUACACUUGUUCUGAAGGACUACUGUGGUGUCAUUUAUUUUGGGGGCUGGAAAAUGUGAUGCAAAUCUACUUACUGGCUCUUGCACAUUGAAUCUUGGCUGAGAAGGGGUGUGAGCUUGGAUUUCUGACUGUGACUCACUUUUCAGGUUUCAAAACUGAAGUGUAACCUACAGUGGGAUUCGGAGUGCUUGCUACACCUGCCAACUGAAUGUAUGCAUGAUACAAAAAUUGCUCUUUAAAGUCAAAUCUUUCUUACCUUAAGCCUACUGGGAAAGGUUACAAUUACAAGAGAUUUUUCCAGCAGAACAAGGACGAGUAUCAGUGUCACCAGUGAGAUUGAGCAAGGAAAAAGGAAAAUUGUGGUUGAAGAGACUGGUUUGUUGUGGGAAUAUCAAAGAGAAGCGGAUGAUGUAUAGGUUGGCACGUGGAAACUUUGUAUAAGGAUCUGUGAAGGCUUCCUAGGACUCACUCAGACCCUGCUGCAGUCUGUGCUCUUACAGGACCAACUUUGGAGAGAAGACAAAAGUAUGAUGUUCCUUCUCACGCUGUGUUCUGCUCUGCUUACAGCAGGAGCUGCUCUGAAAUGUGAAGUGUGUUCGGCUACAAAUGCAAACAGCUGUUCGGGCUCCUAUGAGACCUGCCAGGCCCCAGAGAGCCGCUGCAUGCUGACCCUCACCGAGACGUCUCUAGGACAUGACAAUGUGGACAUGAGGAAUGCAAUACUUGAUAAACACUGUGGAAGUGUGUACGACUGCAGUCAUCCAGCAACCCUAUCCACACCGGACUACCGGGUGAGAGUCACCACAAAGUGUUGCAACACGGACUUCUGCAACAACAGCACUAUGAACUGGACGCCACCAAAUUCCACGUUAAACGGUGUGACCUGUGAAUCCUGUUUCGCUAGAAAUUCUAAAACAUGUAACGUGAUGACUCCCAUGAACUGCACAGGAGAUGAGACCUACUGUGUACAAUAUUCAGCAUCAAGGGAAGGAGGAUCUUCCAUCGCAGUAGCUGGCUGUGCCUCAGGAAGCAUGAAGAAGUCACAAGGGAAAGCUGCGUUUCAGGGAUCCACUAUUGCCGUGAGAGGGAUGCAAAACGGAAACGGUGCAGAGUCACUGAGACACUACCCACUACUGCUGCCGUCGCUGGCUGUGACAAUCAUCUGGAUGGUUUCACAGUGAAAAAAUUGUCCACAGACAUGGACUUGUCUGCAUGGUAUCCGGUUGACAGAUUUACAGUAAAAAGAUAGACAGUCAAUAGGGUCGACCCCAAAUGGUUGAAAUGCAAAGGUCAACAGGGUCAAAAGGUCAACGGGUAAAAGAUAGAUAGUGCUUAAGGUCAAUCGGUUCAAAACAACAGCCGACACAUACAAUAUGGUCAAUGUAUGAUUUUUUACAUUAUAUUUGUCAACUUUUUCACCAUUUACCAUCCAUGUGGACUAAGAUCGGGAACAGUAACCUCGCCUGAAGCGUGGCCAGUGAAGAGAGCCUGUGAGGGUACACAUUUACACUCAUUUGGCUUAGAUAUGGGGAAACAUACAAAAUAACAAAAAACAAAAACAAAAAUUUGUGUUGACCAUUUUCAUGUCGACCUUUUGACCCUCUUGACCUUUUAACCAUGUUGACCUUUUGAAUGUCAACCAUUUGGGGUUGACCUAUUGACUGUCUAUCUUUUUACUGUAGAUAUAUUGAACCAAACCCAUCUGCAUACCCAAUGUCUGUCCAAGUUGCACUAUAUUUCUCUGUCCUUACAUACUUCACCCAUAUAGUUUCAGACAGAGAGAUUUGGUGCACAGAAACACAUAAGCGCAAUGAGUAAAGCUACUGUAUAUUAAAUGUCUCAGUUAAAUGCACCAUCAUAUUCUUUUCAUAAAGGUUGUUACAGGCUUGUUCUUCCCACGUCAUCAUACAGUAAUCCUAGAUAUGACAAAGAGAAGGUCCUCACAUCACCUCCUCUAUCCUAACUUGCCUUCCUGGAUAAGGAUACAGGAGUCUACUGGUACUCCUUCCUCCAGCACUGGAGAGUGAAAGGAGUAAGAAUUCUCCAUCUCUGACCACUACUUAACUUACCAUGGUCAACGUGCUAGAGCAGAAAUUGGCCGGUUACAUGAGUGUUGGGAGAGCUCCACAAGUGCCAACUAUGGACAGUAGGAAGGGUCAGUGCAGCAGAUUAAUCCAUUAGAUGGUGAUACAUUCUACUGAAGUCACCAGCUUGUCAUACCUGAGGUUCUGCUCAGGACAUGUCUUGCCUGUUGCAGAGUUAAAUGCUCAGAGUCACAGUGGGCACAAUUUGAAACUGGACUUUACAUGCUAACAUCUCUUUUUAUGUAAUGCCUUAAUUUCACUGAAAAACAAAAAUAAUUUGGCCUCGCACACCACCUUGUCUUAACCUCACCAGCUCUUUGCAGAUCAUGCCCAUUUUGACCACCGUAACAACCAAGGCUGUGUCACAGCAAACUAGCCUGCUAAUCUCAUGUUACUGAUACAUCAUUUCAGAGGCUAAGAGCCCAUUUCUGAAAAACUGAGUGUUGUGCAGUCUAAUGAAUAACAUAUAGUUUUAUAUUUAUUUAAAAAAAAAUCAAUAUGAGAUUGAAAGCAGGCAUGAAAAUAUUAAUCCCUAAACAUGCUUUAUUCAGAAUAAAUAAUUCUGUAGAUAUUUGUGUAAUGGAAUCGAUGGUAGACAUUUCAUGUGUGUUCAGCUUUGCCACUAUAUAUAUAUAUAUAUAUAUAUAUAUAUUUAGAUAUAGAUAUACAGUAAAGAUAUAGAUAUAGAUAUACAGUAGAGAUUUAUACAGUAUAUACUGUAUGUUUGUAUAUAUAUAUAUAUAUAUAUAUAUAUAUAUACAUAGCAUUGUGACAUUUAUCAAUACCAUAACAAUGUCCUUUCUAUCUAAUGAAAGUGCUCUUUUGAAUAACACUUUUCCUACCAGAAUUGUCUAUAAAGGGUCUGUAAAAGUCACAUAUCAUUUUUGAGAUUCUAUCUUAUCAUAUUCUUUACACAUUAUUCAUAUGUGUGUGAUAGCAUUACAAAUGUGUUAUAUCACUCUCACUAGUCAAACCCGUUCAUCAUUCUAUGGAACCAGCAGUGACACUUUUAGAUCCAACUUCUUGCAAUUAUAAGGGGAUCUCAGGAGGGUCACCUGGCAUUGUUAGACACACCCUUCCCUACACCCGAAAACAGUGGCGCUUACACCCCCUGCAGUGGUCGCUGUAGUUCCACAAGUGUGGGUCAUUGUAAAGCCUAUGCCAAAUAAUCAAUGUCUGUACUAUCUGUACUAUAUAAAUGAGCUGAUAUUUAUAAUGUUCAUAUCCAGUCUAUGUAGAACAUUGACAUUAUGUGAUGACUUUAUAUGUAAUAUACUAUUUUUUUCUGCUGUUUAUUUUCAAUAAAAUACUAAGAUUUGUUA